AUGGUCAAACCUUCUGUUCCAAUAUGUCCACCAAUGGACAGUACCGGUGACAGAUUAAUGACUUUGGAAACGCAAGAUGGUGUAGCAUUGCAAGGUUAUUCAUUUGGUGCCGAAGUACCAGUAGCCGGUGAAGUGGUUUUUCAAACAGGUAUGGUUGGUUAUCCCGAAUCAAUUACUGAUCCAUCGUACGAAGGCCAAAUCUUAGUAAUCACUUAUCCCUUGGUCGGCAAUUAUGGUGUUCCAGAUAGAGAGGUAGAGGACAAUGACUAUUUUCCGGCAUUACCUAAAUAUUUCGAAUCUAAUAGAAUCCAUAUUGCCGGUUUGGUUGUUGCACAUUAUACCGAGAAAUACUCACAUUUCUUAGCCAAGUCAUCAUUGGGUCAAUGGUUAAAGGAACAAAAUAUCCCAGCUAUUUAUGGUAUUGAUACCAGAGCUUUAACAAAAAGAUUAAGAGAAAAAGGCUCAACCUUGGGUAGAUUGGCUUUACAGAAAGCCGGUACUAUAACUGAACAAAUCAUUGCCGACAAUUCUGGUAACUGGGAACAGUAUUUCGAUAUCCCCAAAUAUGAUGAUCCAAACGUUAAGAAUUUGGUUGCUAAAGUAUCAACUAAAAAGCCUGUUUUGUAUUCACCGAAAGAAAAUGUCAAAUUGAGAAAGGAUGGAAAGCCUAUUAGAAUUGUUGCAGUUGAUGUUGGUAUGAAAUACAAUCAAAUUAGAUGUUUUGUUAGAAGAGGUGUUGAACUAUUAGUUGUUCCAUGGGACUAUGACUUUACGAAAGAUGAUUAUGACGGUUUAUUUAUUUCAAACGGUCCAGGUGAUCCUGCGAUUAUGGAUGAAACAGUAAAAGUUUUGGAAAAAGUGUUGAAUGAGGCCAAGACUCCUGUUUUUGGUAUUUGUCUCGGUCAUCAAUUAUUGGCUAGAGCUUCAGGUGCCUCUACAUUGAAAUUGAAAUUUGGUAAUCGUGGUCAUAAUAUUCCAUGUACAUCCACCAUAUCAGGUAGGUGUUACAUCACUUCUCAAAAUCAUGGGUAUGCAGUUGAUGCGUCGAGUUUGACUAAUGGUUGGAAGGAGUUGUUUGUAAAUGCCAACGAUGGUUCCAAUGAAGGUAUUUAUCACGAAACUAAGCCUUUUUUUUCUGUUCAGUUCCAUCCAGAGUCUACACCAGGUCCCAGAGAUACAGAAUUCUUGUUUGACGUGUUCAUCAAUGCUGUUGCUGACUACAACAAGACUGGAGUUUAUAAACAAGUGGAGUUCCCUGGUGGCGAGUUGAAACAAAAUUUGACUGCUCACCCAAGAGUUGACGUUAAGAAAGUAUUGGUUUUGGGAUCGGGAGGAUUGUCAAUUGGCCAAGCAGGUGAGUUUGAUUACUCGGGUUCACAGGCUAUUAAGGCUUUGAAAGAAGAAGGCAUUUAUACGGUGUUGAUAAAUCCCAAUAUUGCCACUAUUCAAACCUCAAAAGGUUUAGCAGACAAGGUUUACUUUUUACCAGUCAACCCGGACUUUGUGCGCAAGGUGAUCAAGCACGAGCGUCCCGAUGGUAUUUACUGUACAUUUGGUGGCCAAACUGCUUUGAGUGUUGGUAUUGCGUUGAAAGACGAGUUUGAAGAAUUGGGCGUUAAAGUUUUGGGUACUCCGAUUGAUACUAUUAUCACUACCGAGGAUAGAGAAUUAUUUGCUAGUGCAAUGGCAGAGAUUGGAGAGAAAUGUGCAAGAUCUGAAGCUUGUAACAAUGUUCAAGAAGCAAUUGACGCCGCUAAUGCCAUAGGAUAUCCGUUAAUUGUGAGAGCAGCUUUUGCGUUGGGUGGUUUAGGAUCUGGGUUUGCUGAUAAUGAACAAGAGUUGGUUUCAUUGUGUAAUAAAGCUUUUGCAACAUCCCCUCAAGUUUUGGUGGAAAGAUCCAUGAAAGGUUGGAAAGAAGUUGAAUACGAAGUUGUUCGUGAUGCUUUUGACAACUGUAUCACCGUUUGUAAUAUGGAGAACUUUGAUCCAUUGGGUAUCCACACUGGUGACUCUAUUGUCGUUGCUCCAUCUCAAACAUUGUCUGAUGAAGACUAUAACAUGUUGAGAACCACGGCUGUUAAUGUGAUUAGACAUUUGGGUGUCGUUGGUGAAUGUAACAUUCAAUACGCAUUAAACCCCUUUUCAAAAGAUUAUUGUAUUAUCGAAGUCAAUGCUAGAUUAUCGCGUUCCUCGGCUUUGGCAUCCAAGGCAACUGGAUACCCUUUGGCAUAUACUGCAGCUAAACUAGGCUUAAACAUUCCAUUGAACAAAGUGCAAAACAAAGUCACAGAAUCAACUUGUGCCUGUUUUGAGCCAUCGUUGGAUUACGUUGUUGUUAAAAUUCCAAGAUGGGAUUUGAAGAAAUUUACUCGUGUUUCUGCUUUGUUGUCAUCCUCAAUGAAAUCGGUUGGUGAAGUUAUGUCGAUUGGAAGAACAUUUGAAGAGGCUAUCCAAAAGGCAAUAAGGUCAACCGACUAUCAUAAUUUGGGGUUCAAUAAAACAGCAGCUUUAAUGUCUAUAGACAUUGACCAAGAGUUACAAACACCUUCUGAUCAACGUUUGUUUGCCAUUGCCAAUGCAUUAUCAGAUGGAUAUUCUGUUGAUAAAGUAUGGAGAUUAACAAAUAUUGACCAAUGGUUUUUACACAAAUUGGAAGGUUUGAUCAAGUUUGGUGACAAGAUUGCAAGUUAUGGCAAAAAGGAAAACUUGCCCGUGUCCAUUAUUAGACAAGCAAAACAAUUAGGAUUUGAAGAUAGACAAAUUGCCAAGUUUGUUGACAGUAAUGAGGUUGCCAUAAGAAGAUUGAGAAAGGAUGCUGGCGUUAUUCCAUUUGUUAAACAAAUUGACACAGUUGCAGCAGAGUUCCCGGCUUUUACAAACUAUUUGUACGUUACUUACAAUGCCGACUCUUCGGAUGUUUCGUUUGAUGAUCAUGGAGUGACUGUGUUGGGAUCAGGUGUCUACAGGAUUGGUUCAUCUGUGGAAUUUGAUUGGUGCGCAGUUAGAGCCAUUAGAACAUUGCGUGAAAAUAACAUAAAAACAAUUAUGAUCAACUACAAUCCAGAAACCGUUUCUACGGAUUACGAUGAGGCUGAUAGAUUGUACUUUGAAACUAUCAACUUGGAAAGAGUAUUGGACAUUUAUGAAUUGGAGCAAUCUGCCGGUAUCAUCAUAUCUAUGGGUGGUCAAACUUCUAACAACAUUGCUUUACCAUUAUACAGACAAAAUGUAAAAAUUUUGGGCACUUCGCCAGAAAUGAUUGAUUCAGCUGAAAAUAGAUACAAAUUUUCUAGAAUGUUGGAUAAAAUUGGAGUGGACCAACCAGCAUGGAAGGAGUUAACAUCUAUUGAUGAAGCCGAAGAUUUUGCAAGCAAGGUUGGCUACCCGGUCUUAGUUCGUCCAUCAUACGUUUUGUCAGGGGCUGCUAUGAACACAGUGUACUCAGAGGACGAUUUGGCAUCAUACUUGACACAAGCUGUUGAUGUUUCUCCUGAUUACCCAGUAGUCAUCACCAAGUAUAUUGAAAAUGCCAAGGAAAUUGAAAUGGAUGCUGUUGCCAAAGACGGUAAAAUGAUUAUGCAUGUGGUUUCUGAGCAUGUUGAGAAUGCUGGAGUGCACUCUGGUGAUGCUACUUUAAUUGUUCCACCACAAGAUUUGGACCCGGAAACCGUUCGUAGAAUAGUUGAGGCUACUGCAAAGAUUGGUAAAGCUUUAGACAUCACUGGUCCUUACAAUAUUCAAUUUAUUGCAAAAGACAAUGAUAUCAAAGUUAUUGAAUGUAAUGUGAGAGCAUCGAGAUCUUUCCCAUUCGUUUCCAAGGUUGUUGGAGUUGAUUUGAUUGAAAUGGCUACAAAGGCCAUUAUGGAUUUGCCACUUACUGCCUAUCCUGGUGAAAGACUACCUGAAGAUUACUGUGCUGUUAAAGUACCACAAUUUUCUUUCUCAAGAUUGGCUGGAGCCGAUCCAGUGCUCGGUGUUGAAAUGGCUUCUACUGGUGAAGUUGCCACUUUUGGUAAAAACAAAUAUGAGGCGUAUUUGAAAUCCUUGCUUUCAACUGGUUUCAAAUUACCCAAAAAGAAUAUAUUGUUCUCGAUAGGUUCCUAUAAGGAGAAACAAGAGUUGUUGCCAAGUAUCGCUAAAUUAAACGAAUUGGGCUAUAAAAUCUUUGCCACUGCCGGUACUGCAGAUUUCCUCAAAGAACAUGAUAUUCCUGUACACUACUUAGAGGUAUUGAGCAAGGAAGAAGACCAAAAAUCAGAAUACUCAUUAACUCAACAUUUGGCAAAUAACUUGAUAGAUUUGUAUGUCAAUUUGCCUUCAUCCAAUAGAUUCCGUCGUCCAGCUUCAUACAUGUCUAAAGGUUACGAGUCUCGUAGAAUGGCUGUUGACUAUGCUAUCCCAUUGGUGACCAAUGUGAAGAAUGCUAAAUUGUUAGUGGAAGCAAUUGCAAGAAACAUAUCUCUUGAAGUGUCAAACAAAGACGCCCAAACCUCACAUGGAACGUCAAUAUUACCUGGGCUUAUUAAUAUCACAUCGUUUGUAACCACAUUGAAUGAUUUUGAGAAAACCACAUUGGAAUCAUUGGCCGCCGGUUUUACCUUUAAUGCGUUUUUGCCACAUACUCAAACUGGUGCUGCUGUUACCGAUUUUAGGUCUUUGGUUGAUGCCAUUGAUCAAGCAGGGGCUGAUGCUUAUACUGACUAUUCGAUUUCCAUUGCGGCUUCAGAGACUAAUGCACAGAGCGUAUUGGAUGCUGCGGAAAAUGCAGGUGCUUUAUACAUUCCAUUCAACGAUAUCGAUGGAUCUAAAAUUUCAGCAAUUAGUGCUCAUUUUGCAUCUUGGCCACAAAACAAGCCUAUUAUCACAGAUGCCAAAUCAACAGACUUGGCAUCGGUGCUUUUAUUGGCUUCAUUACAUAGUAGAUCGGUCCAUAUCACAGGUGUUUUAUCUAAAGAAGACUUGGACUUGAUUUUGAUGACAAAGAAUAAAGGGUUAGCUGUCACAUGCGAUGUUGCUGUAUUGGCGUUGUUCCUUUCAACUGAUGAGUUGAACUUCCCAUUUUUGCCAACAAAGAGCGACCAGGACUACUUAUGGGAACACUUGGCUGAUAUUGAUUGCUUUUCAAUUGGUGUUUUGCCUUACCUAGUAGCCAAAGCUUGUAACGAAAACAUCACUCCAGGAUUAGGAAUAAGUGAGACAAUUCCAUUAUUGUUGACUGCUGUGAACAAGGGCAAAAUCACGAUUGCUGAUAUCGUUGAGAAGUUUCACACUAAUCCAGCUAAAAUAUUCAGUAUUCCUAAACAAGACGCACAGGUUGUUAUAGAUUUGGACAGAUAUUCGGAAACUAAACCUGUUUUUCCAGGUUUUACAGACUUGAAAUUGAGAGGAGUAAUUGAAAGGGUAUCAUUCCAUGGCGAAACGGUUUGCUUGGAUGGCAAUGUAUUAGCUGAUGCAGCACUAGGUAAGAACGAGGUGGCAUCAAAAUCCAGAUUCAAUAAUUUCACAUCUGUUCCAGUUUCUCCUAUAUUGAGUCAAAAGAGAGUUUCAUUCUCAUCCUUGCGUCGCCCUUCACUUGCACCAGAAAGUCCUGAUAUUCAACCUGCUGCAUUUGAGAGACUUGGUUCUGAAUUGGUUUCACAGCCUGUUGCUGGUUCGUUGGGUGAAAUUGCUGCUUUGAAUGAUUACAUUAGAAGAAAGAAUACAUUCUUGAGGAAUAACAUUUUAUCAGUCAAAGAUAUCACAAGAGCAGAUUUGCAUUCUUUAUUCGCAGUUGCUCAAGAGAUGAGACUUGCAGUCGAAAGACAAGGUGUUUUGGAUAUCUUAAAGGGAAGGGUUUUGGCAACAAUGUUUUACGAGCCAUCCACUAGGACUUCAGCGUCAUUUGAUGCUGCUAUGCAAAGAUUAGGUGGUAGAGUUAUUGCCGUUGACUCACAUUCAUCAUCUGUCAAAAAGGGUGAAACCUUGCAAGACACAAUCAGGACUUUGUCGUGCUAUGCCGAUGCAGUUGUUUUGAGACAUCCAAAAGAAGAGAGUGCCGAUAUUGCUGCUAAAUACUCACCUUUACCAAUCAUCAAUGCCGGCAACGGCUCUAAAGAACACCCAACACAAGCCAUGCUAGAUUUAUUCACAAUUAGGGAGGAAUUGGGAACAGUGAAUGGUAUUACUGUUACCUUCAUGGGUGAUUUGAAAUACGGCAGACCCGUUCACUCUUUAGUGCAAUUAUUGCGCCAUUAUCAUGUUAGAGUGCAGUUAGUUGCUCCAAAAGAGUUGCAAAUACCUAUUGAAAUUAGAGAGUUAUUGAUUGAGAACAAUAUGUUGGUUGUUGAAUCUGAAGAGUUGACAAAGGAUAUAAUCGCCAGAUCGGAUGUUUUGUACUGUACAAGGGUACAAGAGGAAAGGUUCGAGGACAAGGAGCAAUACCAGCGGUUGAAGGAUACAUACAUUGUUGACAAUAAGAUCUUGAGUGAUGCUAAGCAGCAUAUGUGUGUUAUGCACCCAUUGCCCAGAACUAAUGAAAUUAGAGAAGAAGUAGAUUUUGAUCAGAGAGCAGCGUACUUUAGACAAAUGAAACAUGGAUUAUUCAUAAGAAUGGCUUUAUUAGCAAUGGUAAUUGGAGUUGAUUUUUGA